AAUAAAAUUCAAUUAGCUCAACCACCGUAUCCGAAAAUACUUUGUUGACAAAAAUUCGGUGACAUUAUGUAUGCAUUUCGUUUAUGGACAGAAUAGAAAUAAACGAAAAGGGAAAACAGCAUCUAGUGAUAGUGAGUGAGUGAGUGAGAAAUUUUGAGUGUAUGUUUUUAUUUCUCAAUUCCAUAAAACAAAACACGAAAAAUGCUGGAGAGCAAAAAGCCAUCGCAAAAAAAGUUGCAAUCAAAUGAAUUGGAAUUGAAGGUGAAUUUUUUAGAUGAAACCACUCAUACGUUUAGCGUAAAGAAACGAUGCUCGGGAACUGAGUUUUUACAUCAAGUGUUCGACUAUUUAAAUAUAAUUGAACGAGAAUUUUUUGGUAUUCAAAUCAUACCGCAUCAUCAACAGGAGGAAUUUGUGAAUUGGAUUGAUCCUAACAAACCACUUCUCAAGCAUGUCACCAAGGAUGACCGUCAACACUGUAAACUUCAAUUUAGAGUUAAGUUUUUCGUAACCGAUCCAAGUCAACUACAGGAAGAACGUACCCGUCACCAAUUUUAUCUACAAAUUCGUCGUGAUAUUUAUUUAGGAAAAUUAAAUUGUCCAUUAAGCACUCAAUACCUAUUGUCCAGCUAUGUUGUUCAAGCCGAACUCGGCGACUAUGAUAGCCUCGAGCAUGAUUCUGAUUAUUUGCAUAAAUUUAAAUUAAUACCAAACCAAAAUAAUGAAAUGGAAUAUUGCAUAUCAGAGCAUCAUAAAUUGCAUCACGGUUUGUUGUGUGAAGAGGCGAAAAAUCAUUAUUUGGAUCAUGCGACAAAAAUUCCAUUGUAUGGGAUUUAUUUUUAUAAAUCGAAAGAUUCAUGCGGAAAAGACAUUGAUUUAGGUGUUACAUCAUACGGUAUGAUUGUUUAUCAAAAUGAUCAUGUCGCCAAUGAAUUUUCAUGGGCCAAAAUGUUGAAAAUCUCAUUCAAGCGUCGCACAUUUUUCAUUGAAUUAAAACGUGAAUUGUCGGAAGAUUACAAUACAAUGCUUGGUUUCAAAAUGAGUUCACACAAACAUGCUAAAGCCGUUUGGAAGACAUGUGUUGAAUAUCAUUCAUUCUUUCGUUUAAAUCGAAAAGCAACUACCAAAUCUACCUCAAAGCAAUCAAAAAGCUACUUCACUGCUUGUACAGAUACCGCCCAAACAACCAAAGAUCACGAUGAACGGAAACAAUUUACCAAAUUGGCAAAAAUCAGUCAAACCAUUGCCGAAAAUCGCUUGAACGAAAAGGCAUGCAUCACAAAUGUGACAAGCGGCAAUCAGCAAUCAACAAACGGUGGAAAUGGAAAUGGCAAACUAUCGCUGUUAUCGAUUACCAAAUCUUAUAAGACAUAUGACAAUAAGGUUACCUCAAAACAAAUGGAAACGAUACCACGAAUGGCAUGGGAACAACAAGUGCCACAAGCAACAGCCGUAUCAACGACAUCUUUAUCAGCUGCCGAAUUGAUUCACAGUGCUGCAUCUCAUUUGAAUGAUAAAAAUUUAAUUACCGUUUGCAUGGAAGCCGAUGAACAUGGAAGAUUUGGAUUUAAUGUUCGUGGUGGUAUAGAUGUAAAUUUACCAGUUCUUGUUGCUCGAAUUGCACCACAUUCGCCGGCCGAUAGAGUUGUGCCAAAAAUUAAAGAGGGCGACAAAGUGCUUUUGAUUAACGGACACGAUGUUAACGGUUUGACACACAAUCAAGUUGUAAAUUUGAUCAAAUCAACACGCGAACACAAUGUGCAUGGUCAACUUGUCCUCACCAUUAAACCGAGCAUCGAAGAUGUAGCUCUAACCGAAGAAGAAGAACCCAUUUGCCAGUAUGUUCCGGAUUAUAUUGAUCAUCCAAAGUACGAUGAUGCCAUAUUUUCGCAAUCACUAUUUUUACUUCGCGAUGGAUUAGCAUCGGGCGCUCUAUUGGAUCAAUUUGAACAACUAUACAAAAAGAACGAUAAUCUUAUCAUAUCCGAAUCGAAAAAGGAGGAAAACAUGGCGAAAAAUCGCUAUAGAGACAUUUUGCCAUACGACUGCAAUCGAGUUGUAAUUGCAAACACUGCCGAUACCGAAACCGAUUAUAUCAAUGCAAAUUAUGUGAAUAUGGUUAUUCCAAAUGAUUGUGUAAAUCGGUAUAUUGCAACGCAAGGACCGAUGCAAAGUACAGUGCUCGAAUUUUGGCGUAUGGUUCAGCAAGAAAGUAGUAAUUUUAUCGUUAUGUUAACUACAAUUAUUGAACGUGGUCGCAUGAAAUGUGCUCAAUAUUGGCCAUCAAUCAAUGAAGAAAUGCAAUUGUCACCAACAUUUUCUAUCAAAUUGCUCAGUGAAUGUUCCGACUCAACGGAUAGCUAUGUGCUCAGGAAAAUUGCUCUCAGCGAUAGUGCGACGGGUGAAUAUCGUAUAAUUCGUCAGCUACAAUAUUUAGCGUGGCCAGAUCAUGGUGUACCGUCCGAUCGAACAUUGUUCAUGAAUUUUGUUGACAAAAUGCGUGAAAUGCGACAAGAAAAUGUCGAGAGUGUCGAUCAUCGAUUUAAGGAACUGCAAAUAUUAGAUGCGGAUGCAAGCGAUAUUAGUCCGGAGGAGAUUUGCAAACGAAGCGGUAAAAUUGCUGGUAAUGAUUAUGAUGAUGACGACGAUGAUCAAUGGAUACCGACAAGUGUUCAUCAAUAUAUUAGUGCAGCCAAUCCUCCCAUCAUUGUUCAUUGUUCUGCUGGCAUCGGACGUACUGGCAUGUUAAUUUUAAUGGAUACUGCCAUAUCAUUAUUGAAUGUUAGUGAACCAGUUUAUCCGUUGGAUAUUGUUAAAAAUAUGCGCGAUCAACGACCGUGCAUGGUUCAAAAUGUGUUCCAGUACAAAUUCAUAUGCGAGUGUAUAUUUGCAAAAUAUGCCAAAUUAACAAAAACAGAUAUAACUGUAUAAGAAGACUUUUAUGAACAAAGAAAAACAACAAAAUAUAAUCGAUUUUGUUGUUUGUACGCAAAUGUGUAUCGUACAUUGAUAUCCAGAAAAGAUGUGCGCAUAAAAAAUGCCUUAAAUUUUGCGUAUACGAAAAGAAAAGAGAAAAAAAAAAACGGUUUUCUGUGGACAUGCCUUCCAUUUGAUACUAUCCAGCGCUGUUCUCAUCAUAACUUAUUACUGAUUUCUCCUUGAACAGAAUUUUUUUCUGUGAAAAUUCUAGUCCAAUCUAAUAAUGAAUAAAAAAAAAACCACAACAAAAACUGAAAUAUGAUAAGGUUUAACGCACUUUUUACGACUCAUACGGCACUUAUAUACAUGAGAUUUAUAUAUAUAUCCAAAUAUUCUUGAUAUAAUCAAUUUAAUAUUAUAAUGAACUGAACUCAAGAAAGUUACGGAACCAUAUUCUAAUGAUCGGAUGCAAUCUUACCUCUCGAGAGAAAAAAAAGGUUUCUUUUUCCGCUUUGGAUCACCUGUGAACGGAAGUGGAAUUUUAUGGAAUGAACAAAAAAUUUGACUCGAAACGUGCAACAGCUAUGUAUUAUCGGUAUUGGUAGAAUUUUGAUUCGGUUUUGUAGUCGAUUCCAUUAGCGGUCAAAGUAGAGAGUUUUGUUUGUUUUUUUUUUAGUUGAAUCAUCACAACGUGUUGGUUUGGUGUUGUAGAGAUGAGAAAAGUAAAUAACAUAAUUAGUUGAGUGAUUUAAUCUUAUGAUAAACUUAAAUCCGAUCCACAUUCAAGUAACGCAUUCAUAACAUUACACAUUUGAAUUCAAUUAACUGUCGCCAUAUUGAUUUUAUUUUAUUUUAAAAACAUAUUUAUCUAUUCACAAUUUCCUUUCGUCAAAAUUUUCUUUUUAAAAAUCAUUUCUAUUCUAAAUUUUGUGUAUUCACAUUGUUCUAAGUAAUAAAAAAAAAUGUUUCUGUUUAGAUUUUUAAAUAGAAACAACAAAAUAAUAUCAUAAUUUUAGUAAAUUACAAUUUUAAAUGAGAAUAAGACUUGUAAAAGCUGUCAAUGUAAUUCAAGUCACUUUGUUUAUGUAAUGUCAAAAUGUUUAAAAACAAAGUGUUGAAUAAUAUCUAGCAAAGUGGGCACUUUAUUCACAAAUUCGCACUUUUUAACCAAAUGAUAAACUUUGCAAAAUUGACAUUGAGCGCACUUUGAAAAAUGAAGUGAUGUUGCAACAAUAAUAUCCCUUCUGCGAUCUGACAAGAGAAAACGAAUAAAUAAAAAAAAAAAAAAACAAAUGAUUGAGAACAAUGCAGAAAAUUAAGUGUGUGAAACUUCAACAGUAUUUAUUUAUUUAUUUCCCUCAAUUUGAUGAAGUAGUAUUCGUUCCGAAUUUGUAUAAAUUUUACGUUUGAAAUAAAAAAAAAAAUAAACCAAUUAAUAAAAUACAAUAGAAAGCGAAUAAAGUAAUUCGGUUGCAUUUCCCGCAAUAAAUUUUAAGUAAGGUUUAAUGUUCCAUCAAUUUUAAAUGAAACGAGUCCAAUUAUUUCCAA